ACAACGCGGUCUCCAACGACACGCGAACAUGUGAACCUUUCGGGAGUGUCGUGGGAGAAAGAUAAGGUCUGACCAGCGGUUCACUCUAGUUUGGCUUGGAAACCAAGAUGGAGUUGAAACUAGUUUGCGUCUUUGUGGCUCUUGUCAGUUGUGGCGAGGCGCAGGAAUACACGCAGAUAUGGAACGACAUGCUGAACGGCAACUCCCUUCCCCUCACUACGACUUUGAUCGGGUUGUUCUUUAGGAACAUGAUGAGACCAACACCGGACGCGACAACGCCAACAGCCACGACCCGUAAUGACUUCAAAUUCUUCUGGAUCAACGCCUAUCUGGACUCGGAGAAGAUUACCGACGGUCUCUUCUCCUACUUCGACGGCGUCAGAGAUGGCGUCAUCACCGAGGACGAUAUCCUCCCCAUGAUGAACAUUGCUGACACUGAUGGGAGCGGAACUGUCUCAAGAGCUGAGUUCAACGCUUACAUGGACUUGGCAUACGCUUACGCCGGAAACCAACGUCUGCUGCCUGGCGGGGUCGUCCACCACGUCCACCCACACGGCCACGGGCACGUCCACAACGUGCACGUCCCAAACGGAAGACCCUUCCUCGCCGUGGGAUGAAACCAUAUAAUGUGUUUGUUGUGAGACAAUAAACAAUCCAUCGUU